GUUACAGGCUUACUGAUGGGUCUGCACGUGUCCUCAUACUCACCGGGUGAUUUUGUAACAACGAAGUUGAAGAAGCGUUUCAAGAUGGAGGAAGGCGACAAUAAAAUAGAAUCCGAGCUGAAUGACCAGAAAAAGUCAUACAGUGGCAUCCCGGAGGCACAAUUUGUGGAAGAUGUUGAUGCAUUUAUGGCUCAGCCCGACAAUACGGAAGUCGAUAAAGUCUUAAAAAAACUUGAUGAGAAUCACAGCAAGUACAAAUUCAUGGAGUAUAACCUGGCGAACAAGAGACGUAGACUAAAGUCCCAAAUUCCCGAAUUGGAAAGAUCUUUGGAGAUGAUUAAAAAACUGCAAGCCGAGAAGGACAGUAGUCAUGCCAUGGAGACGCAAUUCCUACUGUCUGAUCAGGUGUUUGCAAAAGCUAUAGUACCACCCACGGAAAAGGUGUGCCUUUGGUUAGGGGCUAACGUUAUGCUGGAGUACACCCUGGACGACGCCCAAGAUCUGAUGGUAAAGAACAUCGACUCUGCUAAAAAAAAUCUCAAUCAUGUUGACCACGAUUUGGACUUUGUGAGAGAUCAGUUCACAACAACUGAAGUUAAUAUGGCGCGUGUUUAUAAUUGGGACGUUAAGAGAAGACAAGCAGCAAAGGCGACAUAAAAUUUAUGAUAAAUAUUCAACUGUCUAAAUUCUCAUGCACUGUAUUAUGGAAUAAUUUGAAUGAAAUUCAAAAACUUUACACUCUUAAUAUGAAAA